AGUUCAAUCCAUUUAUUUGAACUUGGAUUCUUAUUACACGAACAAAAAAUCACUAGCAGAAGGAAGAAUUAGUAACUUAUUAUGUGAACUCCAUACGUAUGCAUGAGAUAUUUGACCAUAACAAGUUCAUAUAAACAGAGUUCUACUGUAAUCUGUUAUAAAAAAGCGAUUAAUUGAUUGUAACAGGUGCAAACGCCUGUAUAAUAUAUCCAUAUUCUUAAAAUAAAAAUAGCUUAAAUAAUUACAUAUAUAAACCGUUAUCACAGCAAAAAAAACAAUAUGCAACGUGCAAUGCUACAAUUGAAUGAUGUACCUACUCAAAUAAUUACAGAAGGUCGUUGGGUAGAAGAAGGCCUUGCAGAAUAUGGUAAAAAGGAUGUAGUGGUUGUUAUUACAGGUAACCCUGGUAUACCAGAAUUUUACGAAGGAUUUAUAAAAACUGUAAAAUCAAGAGUUCCUACAGAAGUGCCUGUUUGGGUGAUUGGAAAUGCAGGCCAUGUACAACCACCAAGCAAUUUGUCAGUUACCAUGCCAGAUGAUUCAACUUGGAAUGAACAUUAUAGUUUAAUGGCACAAUUACAGCACAAAAAAGAUUUCAUUAAAAAAUAUGUACCAGAAAAUGCAAAGCUGCAUCUUGUUGGACAUUCAAUUGGAAGUUGGAUGAUAUUAAAUAUGCUAAAAGAUGAUGACAUUGCUAAAAAAAUAACCAAAUGUUACCUGAUAUUUCCAACUAUAGAACAUAUGGCCAGAACUACUAAUGGAUGGUGGUUCAAUAAAAUAUCAAAAAUUGCAUUUUUUCUAACUUUUAUGUGUUCGCUCUUUUUUAUUCUUCCACAUUCCUGUCAAAUUUUUUGUUUAAAUAUAAUUUUACCACUAAUACCAAUUCCUUUAAAAUACAAUAAUGCAAUGUUACAAUUGUUAAAUCCUGGUACUGUAAGAAGAGUAAUUAAAAUGGCAGAAGAAGAAAUGGAAAUAGUAAAAGAAAGAGAUGAUGAUAUAAUUUCAAAAUAUGCAGAUAAAUUAUGGUUUUAUUAUGGCAAUUGUGAUGAUUGGGUACCAAUUACAUAUUACAAAAAUUUGAUGUUUAAGCACCCUGAACUCGAUACAGUACUCUGUAACCAUGGCUAUCGUCAUAGUUUUGUUUUACAAUAUGAUAAUCAAAUGGGAAAACUUGUUGGGGACAAAAUUAAUGACAACAUAGUAUGAUCUCAAAUAAGAAAAAUAAUAAUUAAGCUUUUUAUACUUUUUUAAAAAAUA